CAACCAGGAGCAGCCAUGGACACCAAACUGGAUGCCAGACAAGGACAGUUCCCGGCCUCGUUUCCGGAGACAUUUAAGAAUUUCUUUGAAAUGAUGAAUGAAGAUGAGGAUCGUGUGGACUUGUUUGCUAAUUUGUUGGAGGACAAGGUCAUUCCGCGAUCCAACAGCCCUAUGUAUGCGCAACGUCAGCGCUGCGGUGGCAGUCUGCGCAGCCAUAGCGGCCACAGCACCAUGGCGGACAGACAUGGCGCCAGCGGCGGCAGCAGCAGCACCGGAGGUAGCAACACCGGUCUCAACCGUGUGAGCUUCUGCGGCGUGGGCGCCAGCGGCGAGCAUGCGCAGGAGCCCGUGCAUGGUCAGGGCCAGGGGCAGGCACACGCGGAGCGCGGAUGCGGCGUGGCGCUGGGCAGCAGUGGCAAUUUGUUCUGCAAGCACAUCAAAUACUGCUGCCUGCAUCAGCAUCCGGCGCAGCCGGCAGAUGGGCAGCAGGCACCGCCGCCUCCGCCGUCGCAGCAGUCGCUUUCACAGUCGGCCGGCGCAGCACCAGCCACCAAUUGCGUCAAAACGCACACCCACAGCAGCAGCAACAAAAACAGCGGCGCUAGCUACCAAGAAUAUGCGAGCGACACACGUCUGGGGCCCGAUGGCGAGGAUAAUAGUGGCGCUCAUUCUGGUGCCGGUCACAGUCGCCUGCUGCCCGAUGGACCCAGCACAGCGGCAGCUGCCAAGCUCCAACAACAGCAACAACUACAAAAGCGCCAUUCGGUCAUUUUGGAGCGCGCUUUUGAUUUUGACGCCAGCUGUGACGAGAGCGAUACGCUUAGCAGCAGCACGCCGGAGCCGAGCAUUCGAGGUGUCCCCGUGCCAUCUCCGGCUCCACAUCAACCGGCCUACAACAUGCUGAAGCCCAUCCUUAAGCAACCGCAACAGCAGCAGCACCAUACCACUGGACAUCGACUGCUGCCCACGCCUCCAACAAAUUGUGGCAAGGGCGCUUAUCAUACGCGGGAGGCGGCUCUGCAUAGGGUGCAGCAGCAGAGCGGUAUGUUGCUAUCGAGCAGUCGCAGCAACCUCAAUGCAUUAGGCAUGGGAGUGUACACAAGCAGUGGUGCGGGACCCUCCUCCUACAACAGCUACAACAACAGUGGCUCUGCGAUGGCUGGCAGCAGUGCCAACUUACACAGUGGCCAGCAACAGCAGCAACAGCAGCAACAACAGCAACAACAAGUGCAAUUUGGCCCAGCAAAUGUUCCGGGCAGUAGCUACAACCUGGCCUACAAUCGUGAUCCAGGGUCGCCCACAGCUGCAGGCUCUGGAGCUGCGAGCACACGCAACAGUUAUGGAGAUUUUUUGAAUGCCGCCUUCGGUGGCGGCAGCGGCUGCGGAUUCGCCAGUCGUGGCAGCAUGAGCCAAAGCAUACGCGUGCAGAAAUCUCCGAUUUUGAAUCGUCGACGUUCCUCAUCCAUUGCCUCCAAUUUACUGCACAACGAUGUAGGCGGCUAUAGUCGGAAUAGCAUUGGAGGCGCUCCGCAAAUUCCCGAGGAUCUGAUGCGCAACAAUCCGCGUGAGCGCAUGUCGCUGGCCAAGUCUCCUCUGGGCCGGGCUACCGUGGAGAGUGGCGUGCUUACAUUUCAACAGGCGAUGUCUGGAGCAGUGUCGCCACAAUAUGGGUCAGUUGCAGCAGUGGCGGCCGGCAAUGCCAGCGAAUUGGAUUGUCUAAUGGGCUCUUCAACGGCACUGGCAGCUGUAGCCGAAGAUACAACCACCAGUGGACCGGAUGCGACAGACUCACCGACGGCAGACUCUAGCGAUGACUCGCCCGCCGCCACAGCCACUGCACAUCCUGUGAAGGCACACGGCUUGUCACAGCCACCACACAGCACCCAAAUUCGCGAGAGAGGCGUGGGUGAGGCGGCAGUGGUGGCAUCCUCGUCAUCCAAUGCUGCGCCGGGCCAUAUGCAUGGCAGUUCGGCAACCAUAGCAGCUGCCGCACAUGUGGGUAGUCGUCUCACGGAACGGCAACGCAUGCGGACCUCGAGCAUGCCUGCAGAGAGUCGCAAGCCUCGUUUGGCGGACACACGUCGUGCGGCCAUACACUGUGCUGAUCUGGAUAUGGAUUAUUAUCGUUUACGCAGCUUCAGCAUCACAUCGCAUGGCGUUUGCAAUUUGGGGGACUCAUUGCGGAGCCGUAGGUCACGUUCAAUCAACUCUGUGACAUCGACGGGCACUUCAAAUAGCGGCGUGGACCGGCAUAAUAGCAACGCAUCGCGCACCUCGGCCGACAUUAUAGAUGAACUGGCGGAUCCGUCACAACAGAACGGCCAGCAUAUACCCGCCUAUAAGAUAGCCAUGCUGGGCGCCGCAGGUGUGGGCAAGACAACACUUACUUACCAAUUUACCACCUCGGAUUACAUUUGCGCCUACGAUUUGAGUUUGGACGAUGAUUAUGGACAGAAAACGGUUUCAGUGCUGGUCGAUGGCAUUGAAACGGAUUUGGAAAUUAUUGAUCAUCCAGCUUGUGAAAUGUCGACCGAGGCUUUCUGUGCCACCUAUAACAUUGACCUGUUCGUCGUCGUUUACUCGGUGGUGGACCGCAGCACUUUCAAGGCCGCCGAGAAGGUCCUGCAGUAUUUGAAGGAGAACGAAAUGCUUUUGACGCGUGGCGCCAUUUUGGUGGGCAACAAGACGGAUUUGGAACGACAUCGCGAGGUGCCCCGACAAAUGGGUCGUAAAGUGGCUAAGGAGAUAGCGUGUAAGUUUAUUGAGACUUCCUCGGGCCUAGAUCACAAUGUCGACGAGCUGCUGGUGGGGAUUGUGGCGCAAGUGAAGCUUAAUCCGCAACGCAUACGCCUGCUGAGCGAACGGGACCGACAACGCUUGAAUUUACAAAGCACCAUCCAAAAGCAUCGACGCAUGCAUAUGCCAACUCGUCGGAUUGUGCGACAGAUGUCCAUGUGUCAGGGAGACGACGGUGAUCCCGACGAUUAUGGAGACGAGGCUGGCGACGAGCUUCACGGCGAGCUGGACUACGACGAGGGCGAGGAGGGUGCGGUGGGUGGUGUGCCCGAAAAUGGCGCCGAGACUAAGAACGGACGUGGUCAGGUGCGUAAGCAAAAUCGUCGCACCCUCAAUCUGGAGAGUAUACUAAAGAUGGGCGAGAGCGAGCUAGAGGACGAAGAGGCUGAGGCCCAACGCCUUCAGACACACGCUGCUAGUGGCGGCGGCAGCUCAAGUGGGGGGAAUCCCAAGAGUAAGUUCGAGAUGUUGGCCGCUGGCAUGCGGAAUCGCUCGCCCUUCUGCAAUACGAAUGCCGCCUCCAAGAAUAGGCAUUCCUAUGACAACGGGCCCUCUACAUCCGCUCAAGCGGCUGCAGCAGCAGCAGCACUUCAGCAGAGGAAUGCGCGCACCUUGGACGAUGCACAGCUAGGCGAGGGGGCUAGUGGGCGCAGCGACUGCAAUCGCAAGGUGGUGAACAAGUUGACGGCUCGCACCAAGGUCUUCUUGUCAUCGGUGCUGCGCUUCAAGAAGUCCAUCAACAUGAAGCGACGCAACUCGUCCAGCUGCAGCGAUUUGUUUGUCAUCUAA